AUGAACAUGACGCGGAUGGCCUUGUUAGCCUACUUGACCGCAUAUGGUCGGGCUGGAACCAGUGUCGCUGCCGAUGCCGAGGAAGAGGAAAGAGUCGUCUUGGUGAAUCCAAUCGCUUUGCAUGCCUCAACAUCUUCCUUCUCAGCCCAAGGCCUGUCCAGAUGCUUCUCGGCGGCGGCAGAAGUCGCGCUUAAGCCAGGUGUAACGCUCCAUAUCGCUGAGUGCGAGGGCAGGCGCGAGCGUCAGGAGGAGCCCGACAGUGACGACACAGACAUGGAGAAUGAUGCCCAAGAGCCCUCCGCGGAAGCACGCAUGACAGAUCCAUGGGAACAGGACAUCUCCAUCCUGAGUAUCUCGGCCCGGAAAAUCGGAUCUGGAAGCGGCGACCGAGCGUGGGCAGGUCGUACGGUCAAGGCGAAGACGAUAGCUGCCAGGUGGUUUCGCUUCUACAAUAUCGAAGAGCAACAAACAUACGCAGACCAAGGAUGA